AUGGCGGCGGUAGUGCUGCUAGGGAGCUUGCCGCCGCUGAUUGAGACGAACUUCCCAAGGAGCUCCUUGUCGCCGGUGGAUCAAUAUCGCAGUAGCAGUAAGGGCCGCCUCUGCCCACAGCUUGAGCCGGGCCAUGGAUGGCCGAGGAGGGAAAACUCAGCCUCAGCCUCUGCCGCUGCACCAUCCUCCUCCUCCUCAGCCUCCACCGCAAGUUUCGCAAGCAGGAGCUGUAGCUGCGGCGGCGGCGCGGGUUUAUUCGGUGAUGGGGAGAAGCGGCGCGCCGCCCUCCUUUUCGCCGCCUGGAGAGGGUACAGUGCCGCCAAUUUCAGGCCUGGGUUUGCGAAUUUCGCUAGAGGGGGGUUCAGUGCCGGGGCGGAAAGCGACGAAGAAGAAGAUCGGAGCAGGGAGUGGGAGGAGCAGUUGAGAAGCAGGCUUAAGGAGUUGGAGGAGAUGAAGGAGCUGGAACGGAGAGCGGAGGAGGUUCAGAGGCGCAUCAUGUCGGAUGAAGGCGGCGAGGAAGGCGAGACGGAGGAGGAGAAGAGGAACCGGGUGAGGAAGGAGCUCGAGAAGGUAACGAAGGCACACCUAACCCCACAGACUGCUACCAAAGGCGAAGUAGGAAUUAUAAACGAAGAACUCUAAUUACUGUAAUGAUCUAGUCUUGUUCGUUUCGAUUUUUGUGGUGGGCGAGGGCAGCUGGCCAAGGAGCAGGCGGAGAGGCGGGAGACGGCGAAACUGAUGUUUGACCUGGGGCAGAAGGCCUAUGGGAAGGGGAUGUAUUCGAGGGCCGUCGAGUUCCUGGAGGGUGCUCUCACCAUCAUCCCUCGGCCAACCCUUCUUGGGGGAGAGGUCAGGGAUCGUUCUUCUGCUUCACAUCUCUUCAUUGGCUGUAGUGGAAACUCAUGGGUUUUCGUUCUCUUCCCUUGUUAAAGAUACAAAUAUGGCUUGCCAUGGCAUACGAGGCCAACAAUCGGCAUAAAGAUUGCAUUGAGUUGUAUCAGGAGUUGGAGAAGAAGCACCCCAGUGCCAGCAUCAGGCGUCAGGCUGCAGAGUUGCGCUACAUCCUGCAGGCGCCGAAGCUCAAGAUAUCCAAGGAUGAAAUGGUCACAAUACCCUUGAUAGGAUCCAGCUACGACAGGUCACCUCUCUCUUUUUCUUCCUCCUUCCUGUUUCUGCGGCUUUUGAGAGAACCUCUUUUCAUCUGUGCGUUAUUUGGCUGAAAACUUCACACAAGGUCUUCAACGGUUUGGUUCCAAAUUCAGGAAAAGAUCGCAUGUGAGCAUUUGAUCGAACUUGUUGGUUUGCAAACAGAUCCUUGCUACUAGUUCUGCGGAUAAUGUACAAUCAAUUAUGUUUUUUUGAUUCGAUCAAUGGCCUGUGCAAGAAAAUGAAGAGUCGUCAGGCUUCAAUGAUUGAGUGAUUAGAUGAUCUUUACCAAUCUACCCAGAGAAAAAUUACCAUGAUUAUUGUAAACAUGUAUAUCUUCAAAUAGAUCCUUGCUGCUAGUUCUGCGGAUGGGACAAGGCUUCAUAGAAAAAUUGAUUAAUGUUUGGUGCAAGAAAAAUAGUUUUUUUUCAAGCUUCAAUGAUUUACCAGUUAUAUAAUGUCUGCUAAACAACUCUGAACAUAUUCUGAAUGACUCUGGUACAUUAGUCCAGUUGUAUGGUUCUCCUGACGCUAAGAUGCGUUCAAAUCCUUUCAUGUAGUUGUAAGUUUCUGGACUUGAUAAAAAAAGCUUCACAUGUGAUUGUUUUGGGAAAACUGUAUGUCAAAUAUGAAGAGUAUAGUAACAUAGUGGGGCUAUGAAUUGCCUUGGAUGGUUAUAUUUUUAGUUGGAAUACCUUUUUAAAUGGCAACUAAGAAAUGGAUGUAAUAUCUUGUCCCUGGUUUCAUGAGCUAGAGGUUUCCUGCUCACUGCACCCUUCCUUAUUGAGUAGAUUAUGCAACAUAAGAAUCUUUAAAUCCGUUCUUGUAACCUGUAAUAAGUAGACGAUAGUUUCAGAUUACUUGAAGUUUCCAUGUUUAAAUCCUUUAUCCUCCUGCUUAAAUCUAGUGUUUGGUUUUCUUGGUUCAAGCCCUGUGGUUUCCCAAGGACUGGGAGUCCAGUAAUUACUUAUUUUGCUCUUAAUACCUGGGAUUCAGUCUGUUUUGACAACAAAAGACUAUGACGUAUGCUGUAAGUGGAAGGCUUGCUGGUCUGUAUGAUCAGAGUUUUAAGCUCCGAUGUCUAGAAUAGGAAGUAGAAGUGUUUCCAUAGGAACUCAUUUCUGUAGAACAUUGGACUCGUGACAGUCUGUGCUGUUUGGGUGGUUUUUGCAUACUUGUCUGUGCGACCAAGAGGAAGAAUCAAGAUGAAUCUUAUUCAUGUGGUCACUUUCUUGUUUCUGAAGAAACCAUGAUAAUUUUUGUGAUAUUCUCUAUGAUGGGAAAAAAAAGGUAAAACUAGGGAUCACGUUCUGUGUUAUCAAUUGUGUCACCCUUGCUUCAUCUAUCAUUGAUGACUUCAAUUCUAUGCAUCGUUUAUGUGAUGAAUGAUGUGCCUCUCACUUGACAUAUGUUCUGCUUUGCGAAUCUAGUGUUAUUGGGUAGAUUUUAAUCUUGUAAAUUGUGGGACAAUCGGUAUCCCAUCGAAUGAGAUACUUACUUUCUUGGUAGAACACACUAGUCAUUGAGGCGGUACUCUUGCCUAGCAGGUGAUGUUCCUGUUCAAUAUCAAUACUGUAUCAACCUGAUUUUUGUGUCACAUUUUACUGCAUUGCUAGUCCGAGAUGGUUCUGACUGAUAUGAAACAGACUGAUCUGCCCACUCUAACUCCACUAUGAUUUUUCCAGUUUUAGCUUGGAAUAUUACCCUUUGGACAAAGUAAAUAUUAAAGGGAUCUAUUCCUUUUUCGGCUGCAGUGGCGGAUGAAUGGCUUAAUAGAAGUAAAUGUCGUCUCUUCAAAAUUAGGGUUCUUCCUUACUUGAUGAUAGGUUUAAGCAAAUAGUGCUGAAGUAACUGAAACAAAACUUUGCUUGCAUUAUUUAGUUCCAUGGUCUCCACCAGGCAGUGGGACAAUCUAUCCCUACAUUUCUGCUUCUUCGGUCUUCCUUUUGUCCUUCAUCCUUCUUGGUUCCGCUAGGCUGACAUAUCUUCAGUGAUGGCCAUUGUUAGGUAUGCUGGAACAUGGAGUGACAAGUACAAGGAUCGCGACGAUAAGAGAAAGGUGAUCACUGCCAACCAGCUUCCCUCAUCCAAGGACUAUUGGGGUGACUUCAUGGGGUUGCGUCCACCCGCUGACUGGCAAAGGGACCGAGCCUUGUGGCUGGCUGUGACACUGUUGCUGGCCAUGGUAGGAUUUGCUCUUCUGCAAAGCUGA